GACGUCACGGGUUGUCGUGUAUAUUUAAGGACUCUAGUGCCCCCCUCCCUUUCUCUCUCUCUCUCUCUCUCUCUCUCUCUCUCUCUCUCUCUCUGUCAGUAACAUACCCAUCCUCUUCUUCAUGGAUAUGGCCACCCAGCUGCUCUAUCCAUCCCAUCCGCAGACCACGUGACCCACAUCUCCCAUGUCCUUCACUAGUUCAUUCAGCAUGAUGGCUGCGGAUGCUGCGGAUGCUCUCUGCUGCAUCCUGCAUCCGCACCGGCUCUCUCUCCUCCUCCUCCUCACCGUCACCCUCUCCUCUCUGCCGGUUCCGACAGCAGCGCUGCUCGGUGUCCGGCCGGAGGACACUCAGAGCGGGGAGCUGUCGGUGCAGGAUGGGAUACUGAGGGCGACCGAGGGGACCCGCUUCAUGCUGAGGGUUUACUACACUGCAUCCCCUGCCGCGGAGCAUCCCAACAGCCUAAACGUCAGCGGCAGACCUGACGCUGCUCCUGCCGCUCCGUGGAUCGCGUUUAUAGAAGAACCAGGGGAUGACAGCGAGGAUUCAGAGAGGCAACUUCGCUCCAGAGGGAAUCCAUGUGAGGAGGAGGACGCCAGGAGCUCUGACAUCGAGCUGCUGGGCUCCUUCAGAUCCACCUCAAGUCAGAACUCAGUUUUGGUGGAGCUGCUGGCGAAGGACCUGCGCAGAGGAGAGGUGAUCAAACACUACUCUAUGUGCGCGUUCGAUGGAGUGAAAUGGGAGCAUUUCAGCACCAAAGACUUCUGGUUAGCGGUGGUGGAGAGACCUCCAGAGGCAGAUGUUUGGCUCCAGGCUGGGGUCUCGGUACUGCUGUUGGCGCUGUCAGCGCUCUGCAGCGGGCUGAACAUCAGCAUGCUGGCUCUGGACCCCGUGGAGCUGAGGGUUCUGCAGAACAGUGGCACGGAUAAGGAGCAAAAAUACGCACGGAAAAUCGAGUCUGUGCGUAAACAUGGAAACUACAUCCUGUGCACUGUGGUGCUGGGCAACGUGCUCACAAACACAUGCUUUGUAGUGUGGAUGUGCCAGAUUUUAGGGAUGACUGCUCUCUCAACUGCCUUUUGCACUUUGGGGAUAUUCUUUAUUGGAGAGAUUUUACCUCACUCCGUUGCGUCCAGGCACAGCCUCGCCAUCGCCUCCAAGACCCUCUGCGCCACCCGCCUGCUCAUGCUGGUCUUCUUUCCCAUCGCAUACCCAGUCUCCAAAAUCCUGGACAUCAUGCUGCACCAGGAGAUCAGCAGCUUCUACACCAGGGAGAAGUUGGUGGCCAUGCUGCGCGUCACAGACCCGUACCAUGACCUGGUUAAAGAGGAGCUCAACAUCAUCCAGGGAGCGCUCGAGCUGAGGACCAAGACCGUGGAGGACGUGCUGACCCCACUGUCAGACUGCUACAUGCUCUCCUCGGACGCCGUGCUGGACUUCUGCACCAUGUCUGACGUGAUGCAAAGUGGAUUCACACGGAUCCCAGUGUACGAGAACGACAGGUCCAACAUCGUGGACAUCCUUUUUGUUAAAGACUUGGCCUUCGUGGAUCCUGACGACUGCACACCUCUGAAAACAAUCACCCAGUUUUACAAACAUCCCAUGCACUGCGUGUUCAACGACACCAAGCUGGAUGUGAUGCUGGAGGAGUUUAAGAGAGGUAAGUCCCACCUGGCCGUGGUGCAGAGGGUGAACAGCGAAGGGGAGGGAGACCCGUUCUACGAGGUGAUGGGCAUCGUCACCCUGGAGGACGUCAUCGAGGAGAUCAUCAAGUCUGAGAUUGUGGACGAGACAGACUUGUACACUGAUAAUCGGAACAAAAGACGAGUGUCCCACCAUGAGAGGAAACAACAGGACUUCUCCAUUUUCAAACUGGCAGAAAACGAGCUGAAGGUGAAGAUCUCACCCCAGUUGUUGCUGGCAACACAUCGCUUCUUGGCUACAGAGGUGGAGCCUUUCAGACCAUGCCACCUGUCGGAGAAGAUCUUACUGCGCCUCAUCAAACAUCCCAGCGUUGUGCAAGAACUCAAAUUCAACCCCAAAAACAAACAUGCCCCUCAACACUACCUCUUCCAGAGAAACAAACCUGUUGACUACUUUGUCUUGAUUCUGCAGGGACGGGUGGAGGUAGAGAUAGGAAAAGAAGCUCUCCGCUUCGAGAACGCAGCUUUUUCAUAUUAUGGCAUGCCAGCUCUCAUCCCACCUCUGCCUAUCGGUCACAGGUUCAGUUCCCGAGGCAGUGGUCUGAACCAAUCAGAUUCCUUACUAUGUGGAGGCAGCGUGGGUCAGCUCACUGCAGGAGGAGGGGCCUACUUACCCGACUACUCAAUCCGCCAGCUCACAGACCUGCAGAUUAUCAAGAUCACCAGAAACCACUACCAGAAUGCCCUCACUGCCACCAGGAUGGACAGCUCCCCCCAGACCCCAGACCCCAUGGAUCCCAAAGGAAGGCCUCAGAUCCCAGAGGCCCGAUCGCACAGCAUUGCCCUCCCCCUCACACACACACACACUAGACUGGGGCUGGCACGCCUUGCACAUUUGCAUCCCCACGGUGGCCUUCGAAACAUGUCCCAGCUCAAUGAGAGAAACAGAAUCGUCCGCAGUAAAUCUGACGGGCAGAGAAGUCCCAACGAUACCGUGUUCCUCCGCAUGGAUGAGAUUCCCUACAUACACGAGGAUCGACCAGAAACUUUCGGAGAGAAUGAUGUGCCUACGGAGUCUCUGCCAUCCACGUCUCCCUUCAUCAGCUCCCGCUCUCUGUCCAGCUCUGAGGAGAACAUUGGAAAGAGGCUGCUGCGUAAAUUGAGCAACAAGAGGAGGAAAAAGUCUCUCGAUGAGGAACGAUGUUUGGAGGAGCGUUCGGAGGAAAGUUCAGAACAGUUACCAGCUGCAAGCUAGCACAGUGAGACUGAGGAGGAGGGAUGAAGCACACGCCUUCUUCCUCUUUACCAUUCACCACUUUUCCUAAAAAAAUCAGCCACCCCCCUUCAUUAACCCUCUCCACCUUACUCUCACAGAAGACUGAGCCAUCAUACCUGCUGUAGCCACCAGUGACACCCUGUCCAAACUCUGCCUGACUUUAUACACCCUGAAAGUGACGCUUCAAGAGAGACAGAUCUGAAAAACUUGAUUGGACAAAUCUAGACGACUAAGUUUUGGAUUUCUCCAGCCUUACACUGGACUGUGUGGACCUCAAACGUUCUGUAUUAGCAUGUGUUAGCAUUUUAUGGUUGCUCUAUUAAUCAUGCUAACAUUUAAGCAUGUCAUUUUAGCCAUUGUGUGUUAAAGCAGCAUAGCUUGUGCUUCAUCUGGACUCCUAAUAUGGAACCCAACAAGGUCUGAGCCAUUUUUCACCUUUAACUUAAAUCCAGCUAAAAAAAAAACAUUAUUAUUAUAUUAUUAUUAUUAUUGGAUGAGGCAGUUCUCACAUACAGAAAAAAGAUUUUUGCACAGGGAACUGUCUUAAUGUUUCUAUAAAGGGUGCCACCUUCUGCCAACACAACCAGACGUACUAGCCUUCGACUAACAGAGAAAAGCUACCAGACAACAGCACAAUUUUUACGCCAGAUUUUAAGAACACAACAAUGAAAAAGCCAUAAAUUAAAUCUCAGCUUGAAUCACUUGUUACUGUAAACACUGACCUCGAGAGGCCUGCACAAUUUUACAAAAGCCUGUGCUAGACUGAAUGCUACAAUUUCUUACCUGCAUUUUAUACAGAGGCAUCAGAAUUACCACAAGUAAUUUGAAUAAGCAAUAUAAUUCAUCCUACAUGUUAAUGGUGUGAAUUCAUCACCUCACACAUGCAUAGGGAGUGAAUCCCACCUGUCUUUCUGUUCUCUUCCUUGUAUUGUAGUUGUAUUGACACAGUCUUCAUCAGCAUACCAACAUCAUACAAUCAGCAAACAUUUGAGCCUUUUCUAUGUACAGUUCAUCUCUCACAAGCUCCAUCACUUAAGCUGCAUACACCAAUUUAAAAUAAGCUAGGGGGAUUCGGGGUGGGUUUGGGAUUUUUGGGUCGAGGGGUAAAAGUGGAUAUUUAAAGUAAUCUCCAGGGAUGGUAGUUGCUACUUGCAUGUUUGUUUAUGCUGCUAUUGCUGUAGAAUUGUCCCCUGUUGAAGCCCUGAUUCUCCAUAUGCAUGCUUACAUAAAAGGGAUGCAUGACUAGGAUGAAAACAGUCUGCAGAGGUACAAUGUGUAGCAACUAUAGAUAUUAAAAUGAAGAGACAGUAGCCUCAAGUUUUAUCAUCUAAAGCUAAGAAGAAGGCAAGAAGUAUAUAAAUUACAAAGAAACACAAAAGAGCAAAGCUGCUAUUAAUUUAGAGCAGUUUUCAUUUUUAAUUCUAAGUAUUAAGGCACAAGGGGAUUUCAGAUGGGGUCAAAGGUCACUGUAUGUAAAGAAAAGGGAGGAUCCUGCCACAGACGCUGCUCACUGAAGGAGGAUUUAAAGCCAUUUUCUAGGAAUGUUAUACUAACGCAAUAAAGAAGUAAUCGUGUGUUUAAUUUAAGAUGGGAGUGCAGCUCAGGGUGGACUGAGCUGAUCUGCACUGGGACAUGUUGGCAGGGAAAGAGAAGAGAUAUGAAGAAGGAAAAGCAAUAUGACGCACGCUGACGUCAAGCCACCACCUCCCUUCAAACACACGCACACACACACACACACAGGUGGUGUUUGGGGACACUGAGUGAUAUAUUCAUUCUGCCUGCUAAGGCUAUGGGAGUACAAAGGAUACUGCACUGCUAAGCUAUUCACAUUGACCCCUCUAUGUACACAGAACAUGCAGCGGGAAGUCUUUUGAUCUGACAACCAACAGCGAGCACAAGGAUACGUUUCAGUUCUGGGAGGUUUUUGCAGUCGGUUAACACUGGAUUAUAUUUGUAGAGAUUAUUAUACCAAGUGUUUGGUAAAAAGAGGCAAAGUUGCAUUUUGUAGUUUAAUAUACAGAUGAUAACUAGUUACCCAAAGAUGUCAAGAGACAGAUGACAUGUUCUAUAAAAGGGAUGAUGAAAUUAUGAAUAAAUGGAAUCAACAUU